GUCAUUCAGUUAUUCCAGUAAUCUCUCGUUUUUUUCUUCUUCUUCUCUCUCUCUCUCUCUCUCUCUCUAUUGUUGUGCAGCCUCUUACUUGGCCCGCGCGUUUCAGCCGAAAUGGACUGUUCACAUAACAUCAAGAUGGCGGUGACUGGCAGACAGAGGUUCGACAGCGAGACCAAAGAAUCAGCUUGGUCAGGCCGAGCUCUGUGCUCACUCAAGUCAUUAAUGGCCAUGGUCUUCGUCAACCAGCCAGAACCAGUUACUCGUGACGAUGACCAAGAGCCCCUGCUGGAGGAGACGAAGCCGUAUGUGCCGAAACAUGCUGCUUCGUCGUUUCUCAAGACGGCAACAUCGAGGGCGAUGAUGACACGCAAUGAGAUGCUCCGACUGCGCUAGUUGGGCACCUGAUUGCGAAUACGAAAGGACCACGAUCAAGAUCAAGACCAAGCUUCUUGAUGACGACAAGAACCAUGACGAAACAAACGGAUGACAUCGGCGGCAAAGCAAUGGACAUGGAAUAUAAUUGCGACCGCCACACAACGAAUACGACAAACUACAAAAUAAG